AGUAUGCCCCUUUCUGGUACGUCAUGACUAUUCAACCUCUCCAAUUAAAUCGUCUAACAAACGUACGUACCUGUAAUCCUCCGACUCGGCUACCGAUUCCAACCUCACCGGAAGUCUGACAAACUCAUCUCGGAUCAGAAGAUCUCAUUCCCAGCAUCAGUAUUAUAUCGACAAACCCUAAUCUUCAUCGAUUAUUGGCCUCUCAGCACGAGCUGAACACGAGACAACGUCCUUUGACUCUUAUCGUUUUCAGAUCUGCAUAGAAUUGGUUUGUAGUUUGAACAUUAUAUAGGGUUUGGUUGAUCAAUGGCGUCGAGGAACAGAACGUUCUUGUAUAGAAAGUACCGAGAUUCAUUGAAGAGCGUGCGUUCGCCGACAAAUUCUUCGCCGUCAUUUUCAUCUCCGAAUUCGAGGUCCGGUGGUCCCGUCAUCGAAUUGGCAACCUCUUCGCUCCUUCAUCCGAAUCGGUCUUAUGCUCCCCUCAGUACUGAGGAUCCUGGAAGUUCCAGUAGAGGUGCACUUACGGUGGGUCUACCUCCAUCUUGGGUUGAUGUAUCUGAAGAAAUAGCAGCAGAUGUGCAAUUUGUGAGGGCAAAAAUGGUAGAGCUAUCAAAGUCUCAUGCCAAGGCUUUAAUGCCCUCGUUUGGGGAUGGUAAAGAAGAUCAACACAGUAUUGAGGCUCUUACACAUGAUAUAACUGCUCUGUUGAAAAAAUCGGAGAAGAGAUUACGAAAACUCUCCACUGCUGGGCCAUCUGAGGAUUCUAAUAUUAGAAAAAAUGUGCAGCGUUCUCUUGCCAUCGACCUUCAAAACCUCUCCGUGGAACUCCGCAAGAAACAGUCAACUUAUUUGAAGCGUCUACGGCAACAAAAGGAGGGUCCUACUCCUGAUGGGGUUGACUUGGAAAUGAACUUAAAUGGAAAUAUUUUGAGAAGCGAGGAUGAUGACUUGGACGACAUGGGGUUUAACGAGCAUCAGAUGGCCAGACUAAAGAAAAGCGAGGCAUUCACAGUGGAAAGGGAAAGAGAGAUACAGCAGGUUGUAGAAUCAGUGAAUGAACUUGCUCAAAUUAUGAAGGAUCUAUCAGUCCUUGUGAUUGACCAGGGCACUAUUGUUGACAGGAUAGAUUACAACAUUCAGAACGUCGCAGCAUCAGUGGAGGAGGGCUUCAAACAGCUUCAGAAGGCGGAGAGAACGCAGAAACGAGGGGGGAUGGUGAUGUGUGCUACAGUGCUCGUUAUCAUGUGUUUCGUCAUGUUGGUCCUCCUCAUUCUCAAGACUAUACUUUUCUGAUCUGCUAACAAUAACACAGUGAUCUUCUUCUUGUGACCCUACCCUGCAGCACACUGAGGCAAUCUGAUUUGUGAUGCCCAAUGGAAUAUUGGGAAUUUGAAUUAUCAUAAUUAAUCAUUCUUUGUUUUAUACGGUUUUUGUUUCUUUUUUUUUUUUUCUUCUUUUGUAGGGGAAAGGAGGAUUUGUAUUAUUCAAGUGACUAGUAGUAGUGUACAUGUUAGAGCAUUUAUUGUUAUCUUAACUCCCAUUUUUUGAGACUAGAUGAGUUGAAAUUCUGUGUUUAUAUCGAUUAUUUCUUGAAAUAAUCGAUACAUGUACAUAAAAUUUAAUUGCAUAUUUAAAAAAGAAUGGCUAUGCUAUGUCAUUGGGAUUUUGGUUGUUUUA